AUGAGGAACAAGAUUGCCUAUGUCCCACAUCCUACAGAUGAAAUUUUCCGAUCAACCAAACAAGCCCUCGAUCUCAUCCUUCUUUUCGAAAUGAAACUCCUCACUCUACCUGUCCCUCAUCCCUGUUCUCCAAACCCUACCCUCCUCCGCUUCAAAUUCAAACCCCAAUCAUCUCUACAGUACCCAAAUCUCACUCCCCCUAAACCUCAAUCCCAACCAACACAAAAACCACGUGUCGUCGUCAUCGGCGCCGGCCUCGCCGGCCUAGCCGCAGCCACCCACCUCAACUCCCAAAACAUCCCCUUCCUUCUUCUCGAAGCUUCUGAUGACGUCGGCGGCCGUGUCCGAACCGACCUUGUCGACGACUUUCUUCUCGACCGCGGUUUCCAAAUCUUCAUUACAGCUUACCCCGAAGCUCGGAAGCUUCUCGAUUACCAAGCCCUCGAUCUUCAAACAUUCUACUCGGGAGCUAGAAUAUACUACAAUGGCCAGUUCCACACCGUAGCCGAUCCUCUGCGCAAUUUUUGGGAUUCCAUCAAGUCCUUAGCUAAUCCAAUCGGAUCAGUUUCUGAUAAACUGCUUAUCGGAUUGACGAGACUCCGGGUUUUGAUCAAAUCCGAUGAAGAAAUAUUUGCUUCAAGUGAAGUCUCCACGAUGGAGCUGCUGAGGAAAACCGGGUUUUCGGAUUCGAUCAUAGGCCGAUUCUUUCAACCCUUUUUCGGCGGAGUUUUCUUCGACAAGAAGCUCGAGACUACUUCCAGAUUGUUCGAUUUCAUCUUCAAGUGUCUUGCUCUUGGAGACAACACUCUUCCUUCCAAAGGCAUUGGCGCCAUUCCAAAACAAUUGGCGGCAAAGUUGCCAGCUGAUUCGAUUCUCUUCAACUCGAAGGUCCUUUCGAUUGAUCUCGAUGGCGAGGCGCCGCUUGUGAGGUUGGAGAAUGGAGAAGAGUUGAGUAGCGAGCUAGGUGUGAUAGUGGCAGUUGAGCAACCAGAAGCGGAUAAGCUUUUGGCGGGAAAGGCGUAUGAACCGGUCCAAAGGAAACCGGCUCGGAGUACUGUUUGUUUGUAUUUCUCAACAGACCGGGACAAUAUUCCGGUCCAAGAUCCCGUUUUGUUUCUUAACGGUUCAGGUAAAGGCAUUGUGAAUAACAUGUUCUUUGCAACAAAUGUAGCUCCGUCUUAUGGACCAUCUGAAAAGGCAUUGGUUUCGAUAUCCUUGGUCGGAGACUUUGAGAAUGUGAAAGAUGAGGAUUUGACGGUUCAAGUUGUUCGUGAGCUCUCUGACUGGUUCGGGGGAUCCAUGGUAGGAUCUUGGAGGCAUCUAAGAACGUAUCGGAUCAAAUUCGCACAACCUAAUCAAUCUCCGCCGGUUCAUUCAACAAGAGAUUCUCGAGUCAAGUCGGGUGUUUACGUAUGCGGUGAUCAUGUCACAACUGCCACAUUUGAUGGUGCUUUGGUUUCGGGAAGAAGAGCAGUAGAAGCUUUGCUCAGAGACAAUGCCUUGAAUCGAGUAAUUUAAGGUUUCAUUCAUAAUGUAAAAAGACAUCGAAGUACUCUACAUUUUUUGUGACAUACCAUUCAAAUUGAUAUAUAAACCGUAAAGCAUACCCUAUCAAUCAAAGAGUCUACUUAAUUAGUUAGUUCAUUGUUCCAAGGCGGUUGUACCGGUGGUUCUAACCUUGUCGGAUUGGUGCUAACGGUCUUCAACUUAAUAUAGGAGAAGGAGAACUACAGGUGGAGUCUGUUGAACGGUUGCCGUUGUGAUUGAAGUUUUAAUUGAAGUCCUUCUACUAGCUAGUAGCCAAAAACACCUCUUUAGUUUACUAGCAUGGUUUGUUGUUAGCCACCCAACCUGAUCGCGUGGGGGUUCUCUAAACUCGAGAGUUUAAGGACGUGUUUAGUUCGACUUCACCGACAUGAAUAAAUUAUGACAACCACACUUUAUUGAGUU